AUUGCUUACUUACGCUCUCAGUGAGCGGUCGCACAUCUGGAUGCACCCAUUGAUACACGGAGGCAUACUCGACUACUCGAAUGAUGUUUCUGAACGCAGUCUACCUGUAUGGAUGUGUGCACCUUUUUGGCGGGAAACGGCGAUGGCGCGAUGUAUAUCAUGAACCGUCACUAUAAGUUGUGCUCCGCAGCGUCAGAAAUACAUUUAACAAAGAGCGAGAGCUUGUUGCUGGCGUCGAGUCGUUCACGUCGUAGGAUAUCCGAAGGAUGCUCACGUUACAGUUCGGACAAUGCGGGAAUCAACUCGGGUGCGAUCUGUUCUCGAAGGUGUCCUCUGACAUAGGUAGCUCGAACACCGGCGUUUCCUAUGGCGCAAAUUACGAGUACACGGAGAACACGAUCGAGAAAUGGUUCGACGGAAUCGCGGAAUGCGGCCGGCACUGUGCUAGGGCGAUUCUCGUCGACACCGAGGAGAAGGUCGUGAAGAAGGUAUGCAAGGACGCGAACUCGUCGUGGAUCUAUCGAACAGGUAACGUCGUUUGUCAAUCCGGUGGCGGUUCCGCCAACAACUGGGCCUAUGGCUACACGAUAAACAGUCGACGCCUGUCGAACGCCGUGCUGAACGUCACGCGACAAGAGAUGGAGAAAUUAGAUCGUUCUCAGGGAUUUCUCUUGCUCCUUAGUUCAGCCGGAGGCACGGGAUCCGGUAUAGGAAGUCGCAUGGUUGAGCUCCUGCGAGAGGAGUACGAAACUAAACCUAUUAUCGCAACAAUUGUAUUGCCGUUCACCUUUGGAGAAGUUUGUACUCAGAAUUACAAUACUAUACUGACUCUAGCCAAGUUCUCAGAUAGGGCAGAUCUUUCCGUGCUAUUCGAGAAUGAGCAGAUGCACUCUAUGUGCACCAAUCUGUUGAAGAAUUCUAAUACAACACUGCAUGAUAUGAAUAGUAUUAUUUCUGAGAAUUUGCUCGCUGUUUUUCAGCCUAGCAAUGAUGCGAGAUGUAAUACAAAUUUUUUAAUAUCAAAAAUAGCCAAUCAUCCCAAUUUUAGGUUUGUAACAGUCAAGAGCACUCCACAUACUCCUGCAACAUCCCUGCAGUAUGAGCCAACACACAAGUGGGAGGUGUAUAUUCGUCAUUUGAAGCAAACUCUUCGUGUAUCAAAGUCACAAAUGGAAUUAACAAACGCCCAACUAAAGACACCAAAUCCCACAUUAAGCAAAACAACAAUGUCUCAUGUUUAUAGUCCUUGCGUGUCCAAUGUUCUAGUAACGCGUGGCAAAUCUAUGGAGAAUGAUAUUAUGAUGUUGGAAGAUUUGCAAACAGAACAUCUAUACCCAGAGUGGAUUACUUUGAAUUCUUUUACUCAUUUGCAUCAAGAACGUAGGUUUCUGAAUCGAGACAAGUUCCUGGCGUUGAUCAGCAAUAAUUCGGAGAUACAUCGACCAUUGGACUUAUAUCUAGACAAAGCAUGGGGCUCUUACAAAUGCGCGGCUUUCUUGCAUCAAUAUAAGCAAUUUGGUUUGGAGGAAGAUGAUUUCUUGGAGGCUUUUGCAAAAAUAGAAAACAUAGUGCAUGUGUAUAAAAGCUUAAAAAGCCAUAAUGGAAAAUGAACUUUCUUAGAGCGUCAUAUUUUAUAUUCAAAAAAGACAUUUUUAUUUAUAAACGCUAAUGCAUAUUUAUAAUGUGAAUUUUAGUAUUUAAGAAGCAAAAGGAAAAUGAAUUAAUGAGUCAUGUUUAUAUACUGAGAAAAAAAAGUUGUUAAUUUGAUUAAAUUUUUUUAAUUCAAAUAUUUAUAUAUUUAAGUUAAAUGUAUAAAUGUUUGAAUCAAAUAUACAAAUACUUACAAAUACUAAAGUUCAAAUAUUUUAUGUAUUAGAGUUAAAUACAUAAAUACUUGAACUGAAGAAAUUUAAUCAAAUUGAAAAAUUUUAUCAAUUUAACAACUUUUCUCAAUGUAUGUUUACAGAAAAACGUUACAAUUUCACAGAAUGAACAGAAUAUAAGUACAAUUUAAAAAUUUCUAAAUAUAAUUGAUACAAUAUAACUAAUAAUGUAAAAAGUUUAUUAUUUUGUACAUACAUAUUUUAAAAAUAAAAAAAGACUGUUUAGAUAAAAA